UGGCAAGAUAUCACUUCUUCUUGGCCGCGGCUGUCAUGGAAGAAAAGCAACAAAGGAAAAUCCAGCGACGGGCCAUAAGGGACAUAUGCAACCCCUUUGAUAUGCCCAACGAAGAGUUUCGGCACAUAUAUAGAGUGCGCAAAGAGUUGGCACUCUAUUUGUGUGCCGAACUCGACGCCGACCUCAAACCUAACCAUGACGAUGGAUUGCCGGCACAUCUUAAAGUUCUAACAUCACUGCACCUAUUGGCUGACGGUAGUUACCAAAGGGGAACUGGUCAAGACCAUGGCUUGUCUAUUGCUCAGUCCACUGUCAGCAAGUACCUGGACCAAUUUGUUACUGCAGUCAAUAGAAGACUCAAGGACAAAUGGAUACUCUUCCCAGGAGACGAGCAGUCCCGGCAAUCCAUCGCCAGAGGUUUUCAGGAGGCAUAUGGGGUUGCUAACAUCUUGGGUACAGUAGACUGCACCCAAGUAAAAAUAUUUCCACCUCCGUUACCACACGGUGUACAGUAUUUAAACAGAAAAGGAAAUCAUGCACUCAACGUUCAGUUGGUAUGUAAAUAAUAACUUCAAAAUCAUAAUUUGAUAAUUUUGAAUAAAUCUAAUGCAUUUUGUUUGCUUGUAAACCAUAAGAUCGCCA